AUGCUCCCAUCGAUAACAAAUGGACAAAUUAGAACUGAUUCAAGUCCCAUUUAUGGCUUUAAUGGCAUUCAUGGGAUUAAAAUUGUAAACAAUUCAAAGGCAAAGGACGAAGAAAGAAACUGUCCGAGUUUACCGCUCAUUACAGAGGGUUCCUUUACUUCGCUCGUCAGCAGGAGAUCGGAGAAAACUUCACAGAAUGGUGAAGGAUCAGAAAAAAGAAAUGACCAGGGAAUUAGUUCUAAAGGAGGAAUUGAAAGUGGAUCCAGUGGGUUAAAAAUGAAACAAUUACAGCUUGAUUGUGAAUUUAAAAAUGCUGAGCAUGGUUGGUACCCUAAAGGGCUCAACCCUCGCCUUGCUAAUUCAAGUCAAGCCUCACAGCUCCCAACAAUGGGAUUUCAAAUGUUGAGUACUUCAGAAAGAUUUAUACUUCAUCACUCGGUGGGUCAGCCUGUGGGAAACUUACCUAGAAAGAAACACCUGACAACCAAUGGCAGCACCAACAAGAAAGGGUAUCAAAUGACACUUGGUGGACAGAGUGUUGUUAACACAAGGUCAGUUCUGGUAUUUCACAUAAAACCAUUUUAGAGAGACCUUAAA